ACCCCAAGUGGGCCCAGGACACAAUCAGAUAGCUAGGAACCCACUUAUAUGAACGCUGGUCAAUCCAGUUAGUGGAAUCCUUGCGCCCUGUCAGUGCCACGUUGGCCAUGUCCCCGAACACUUGGGUAAUUGAAAUGCCCACGCAAAAAACGCGAUCACAUCCGUAUCCGCGAAGAAUCUCGCCGUACCGGAUGCCCGUGUUAACCCGGGAUGCCUUCAGUAGAGAUGCACCACCUAUGCCAGCGAGGAACCAUGAUCAUCCCGUUUUCGAGGACAUUCGCACCAUUUUGUCCGUGCUCAAGGCCAGUGGCUUGAUGCCCAUAUACGAACAGGUCUCCGACUAUGAAGUGGGUCCUCCGACCAAAACCAACGAGUUCUACUCCUUCUUCGUAAGGGGCGUGGUCCACGCCCUGACCAUCUUCAAUGUCUACAGCUUAUUUACACCGAUAUCGGCGCAAUUAUUUUUCUCCUACCGCGAGACCGACAAUGUGAACCAGUGGAUCGAGCUGCUGCUCUGCAUCCUGACGUAUACCCUUACGGUUUUCGUUUGUGCCCGCAAUACCACGAGCAUGUUGCGGAUAAUGAAUGAAAUCCUUCAACUGGACGAGGAAGUUCGUCGUCAGUUUGGCGCAAAUUUGAGCCAAAAUUUUGGGUUCUCGGUGAAGUUUUUAGUGGGAAUCGCCGCUUGCCAGGCUUAUAUAAUCGUGCUCAAGAUAUAUGCCGUGCAAGGCGAGAUCACACCCACCUCCUAUAUACUAUUGGCCUUCUAUGGCAUCCAGAACGGUCUGACCGCCACGUAUAUCGUAUUCGCAUCGGCUUUGCUCAGGAUUGUGUACAUCCGGUUUCAUUUCAUCAACCAGCUGCUGAAUGGCUACACCUAUGGGCAGCAGCAUAAGCGCAAAGAAGGUGGACAACGAGCGAGGCGGCAGCGUGGUGACGUCAAUCCCAAUGUCAAUCCUGCUCUAAUGGAACAUUUCCCGGAAGACUCACUCUUCAUAUACCGCAUGCACAACAAAUUGCUGCGUAUCUACAAGGGCAUCAACGAUUGCUGCAACCUGAUUCUGGUAUCGUUUCUGGGCUACUCCUUCUACACGGUCACCACCAACUGCUACAAUCUCUUUGUCCAAAUUACCGGCAAGGGCAUGGUGUCGCCCAACAUAUUGCAGUGGUGCUUCGCCUGGUUAUGUCUUCACGUUUCCCUGCUGGCUUUGCUGUCACGUAGCUGUGGUCUGACCACCACGGAGGCCAAUGCCACAUCGCAAAUUCUGGCGAGGGUUUAUGCCAAGUCCAAGGAGUAUCAGAAUAUCAUCGAUAAGUUCCUUACCAAGAGCAUUAAACAGGAGGUGCAAUUCACGGCUUAUGGAUUUUUUGCCAUAGAUAACUCUACGCUUUUCAAGAUAUUUUCAGCCGUCACCACAUAUUUGGUUAUCUUGAUUCAGUUCAAACAGCUCGAAGACUCGAAAGUUGAGGAUCCUGUACCAGAACAAACUUGAAUGUAACCUAUA